AUGAACAAGGUGGUGAAUAGCAGAGCUAGGCGUCUGAUAGCGCGCAGGCGAGAUUAUACAGCUGCGGUGUCCCUAAAAUUAUCAGACAAACUUCGCUCGUUGCAAGAAGAUGGCAGCAGUAGUGAGGCUAGUGGCAGUGGCAGUUGCAGUGGCAAUGGCGGCGAUAUUCAAAUUAAACCCUCGAUUGUCCCUCAUUUGCACUAUAUCGAUGAUAAUCUGCCUUCCGGUUUUUCACAUACAUCAAGAGCAGCACCACAGAGAAGGAAGAAGGAAGGCGUGUUUAGACCACAGGAAAACGAAAAGCGCUUCGACUUUAAUCCUCUUAAAUCGAAUCACAUUAGCGGCGUUAAAGUUGAUCAACCACGCAUACCCACUCUCGUAUCAGCUCUUCAGCGAGUACUAUUCCAGCCAUCGCAUCCAGUCUGGCUUCGAUGUCCCCGAACCGGUGUAUACAGCUUUCCUUCACAUUUGGAGGAUAUUAAUCCUCCAGAGGAAUUCGCAUUCGAUAGACUACCGCCAUAUAUGACGAGUUCUAAAGACAAAGAUCUUAUUGAUCUGACAAAGAAGCAAAACUGCCGCUACCUUGGAUCUACAUCUAGUAUGACUAGCGUGCUUUCCCAUAUACACUUCUUGUUGACUAAUUGGAAACCUGUCAACUAUGAAUCUUUAUCGGAAGGGUUUCAAGGACUUCCAAACGACUUUAGCUAUGCAAAUAAACUCCCAGCUGCAAUAAUACUUCGCAAAAUAGACGAUGCAUCGACAGAUAGUGAAAACAAACCGGUUUACGCUAUAGACAAAGAUAAAAGCUACGAUGUUGAAGAAGAUAAUGUGCUUCUUUGGGUUGGGACGCAGUUAGAAAAGCAACUAACUAUGGAUCCUGAGGAAUUCAGCGGUUUACUACGCACUAAUCCAAUGACUAGUGCGGUUGAGAAGAAAAUGAAUGAAAGGGAGGCCUACCAUUACUCUAAGGCUAACAAGAUAUUGAUGCGAUCGCAACUCGACGGAUUUGACACAAGAUUGCCUCGCAAAACAUUUGACAUCAAAACUAGAGCUGUUGUGGCUGUAAGGCAGGAUAUCCUGAAUUACAAAGCCGGUGCGGGAUACAACAUCAAGAAGUCACGUGGACUGUUUGAAUCGUUCGAACGCGAGUACUAUGAUAUGGUUAGGAGCUCAUUCUUGAAAUACAGUCUACAAGCACGUAUCGGAGCUAUGGAUGGAAUUUUCGUUGCUUAUCAUAAUACACGCCGCAUCUUCGGCUUCCAAUACGUACCGCUUGAGGAGAUGGAUGAGAGACUACACGGGUCUACUCUAAUGGCUACACAGUCUUUUAAACAUUCGGUUGGCGUGUUGGAGAAUGCUUUAGACGAGGCCACAUCCCUCAUACCGAAUGAGACACUGAGUAUAACUUUCGAAACCCGAGAGGGAGAGCAGUUCAUGAGUGUGUAUGUUGAGUCAGCUGAAGACACACGUCCAGAUAAAGCUACGUAUGUAAUCGACUACGAAGUCGAGUCAUUUUUGGACAACAAAAAGGUACCUAAGGACAAGCAUGUAGAUUUCACUACUGUAAAAGGAGAAGAUCCGACUUGGACAAUCAGAUUGACUAGUCGGACAUCGACACUCAAACAAGUGGAAAAUGUGAAGGCUAAACUAUCACAAUCGAGGGAGUCGCUGGUUCUUAUGAACUCUGUAGUAUUGCCACCUGGCAUGAGCGCAAAGGAUCUCAUGAAACUGAGAGAAGAAAGGCGUACAUGGAAUUCACCGAUGGCUAGCGCAGAUGAGGGAGACAGAAGGCUGAAGGACAUUGAGGAAGAGAGAGAAGGGUACAUCAAGGAAAAGUUUAGUCAGCAUGGAGACCCCUCAAGUCAAAAUUUGACAGAAGAUCAGUCAGAAAGUUUAGAACAGAUAAAAAGGGAUGGAGAGAGAAUGGUGAAGGAGAAGCUGAAUGAGAAGCCGAAUGAGAGAAAGGAUGAUGGAGCAUCAGUAAGGCAACGGAAGCCAAGCUCAUUGGUUCGACAACUUCGGAAAUUGUCCAAGGCGGGGCUAGAGGAGCAAUCGAUGAUGAAAUCAAAGUUCGGAGAAGAACGCGUGAAAAGAAAGCUCAAGUUUAAGCCAACGGAUAGACCACCACCACCAAAGCACGCUAAUUCCACAGACGCGUACAAGGCGGCAUUGAAGGAUGUCGUUAGCGUCCAGGGAAAGCCUCUGCCAUCGCCAAAGCUCCCACAGCAAACUUCACUUCCGCUGUCGAGAUCACGUACGCACGACGAUUCCAACCACUUGACCGUUCCAGAUAGCACAGCAAAGCGAUCAGCCAAAAUGAGCAGAUCGAAUACGACGAAUUCAAAGCCAGACAAGAAGCCUGGAAAGCAUUUUGAUGUAAUUGAUAGCUGGGAUGUCACCGCAGUUACAGGAUCAGCCCUCUGGCACCACGACAGUCCAUACGAUGCAGCAUCACCUUCACGUAACAACCACAAGAAAGCACCUGUUAAGGCGUUCGAUGCGCAGAUGUUGGCUGAGUCGCAGCACGUCAAGCCUGUUGAAACAGAGGAAGAGAAGGAGGUGAGAAUUAGAGAGGACAAGAAGAAACGCAAUCCAUUGUUAGAGGUUUGGGGAAAGCAUGAAGAGGAGCCCUGGGAGGCUUUCAGCGCAGGUGCACCAAAUCAGCCAGCAGGCAGGUCACAUAUGCAUAGCAAUUAUCAAGAAUCACCUCUUCUGCCAGCCAAGCCACAGAGAAAACCAAGCUCGAGAAUACCUCCACCACGCCCAAUACAGCUGGGCGAGGAGAUCGACCCUGACAAGCCCAUUCAAUGGUCUGGCGGAUCUAGAAGACGCGCGACGGUGGGAACGGGUGACACUAUCAAUCGCAGUCAGUCUAUUUUGCAGAGGUGGAGAUCUAGCAGAAAGUCGCCUAAGCAUGGUCAGAAUCAGAGUCAGAGUCAGAGUCAGAACUACAGUACAAAUUCGAGCGCGAGUCACACACCUUCCAUAUCACCAUCUCCAAGUGCUUACGAUAAGGAUCUGCCUAAACCUCCAACAGCGGCAGCAUCACCUUCAUCUCCUGCAAGCAAGAAGACGGCAACACCACCACCAGUGAGUUACACUAACUCUGCCAACUCGCCAAAGAAAGACAAGGAGAAUGAUGGACAACCAAUGAUCACAAGAAAGAGAAGCUUGAUGGAUAAAGUUAGAGGGUUGGGUAAGGGUGUCAAGACGCGUUCAAGGGACGUGACUAACUGA